AUGUCUGAAGGAAACGACGAUGAUCCGGUGCAAACAAGCACCGAACAAAUGAAGGAGAUGAUUGCCAAAGAAGUAGGGAAGGCAUUUGAAGAUAGUCUAUCUGGGUUUAUAGACAAAAUUCAAAACAUGGUGUUGUCGCUUGUCGAAGAGCGAGUUAAAAGGUUGGAGGAUAGUGUCAACCUAAUAAAAGAAAAAUCGGGAGAACGCAAGGGGUGUUCGUACAAAGAAUUCAUGGCGUGUAAACCGCCAAUCUAUAAUGGGGAGGUUGACCCGAUAAUUUGCCAAAGAUGGUUGGGCGACAUCGAAGGAGUGUUUGAAAGGACCCAUUGUGAUGAAAGCGACUUUGUUGCUUACGGAACGGGUCAGUUGAGAGGUCAAGCCAAAGAUUGGUGGGACAAUGAUGCGUGUGUCACACCCAAGGCGGUCAUUAAUAAAAUCAAGGAAGAAUUCAUGCAACUGAGGCAUAAGGAUGAGACCAUAGACAAGAUCACGGCGAUGUUUACGGACAAGAUGAAGUUUAGUAGUGAGUUGGUGACGAAUGAAGAACAGAAAAUAUACUACUACUAUAACAUGUUGAGCGCUGAAUAUAGGGAGUUUAUGACUCCUUCAAAAUACGAGACCCUUACCGAAAUCAUAAACGUUGCCCGGGAACGAGAAAUUGAGUUGAAGAAACAAGUUGAAAGAGGUGAGCGAAGGGCACAAGAUGUGAACCCAAGCCCUACAAAGAAAGCCCGAACUGGAGAGUCGGGAAAGAAAGCGGUUGUUAAAGGCGGGUCGCCAAGUUGCAAGGUAUGUGGAAAGGGGCACAAAGGUGAGUGCCGCUUCAAAGAUAAGCCGUGUCCGAUAUGUGGGAAGACGGGGCACACCGCAUCGCUAUGUCCCGGAAAAGUUUUCGUCUGUUACAAAUGUUAUCAACCCGGUCACAAAAAGUCUGAAUGCCCCGAGUUGGUUGGAAAGAGAGACAUAAAACAGUCUCCAACGGAAGCUCCAAAAGCGAAGGCUAGGUCUUUCCAACUUACAGCGGUUGAAGCAAAAGCAGAACCCGAUGUGGUCUCAGGGGCUUUCUGUGGUGGAGAUUUCCUCUGA